AGAUGAGCAGAUUCCUAUGGUGAAUGAUGCACUGCCCACACAAUCAGAUGAGCAGACUCCUAUGGUGAAUGAUGCACUGCCCACACAAUCAGAUGGGGAGACUCCUAUGGUGAAUGAUGCACUGCCCACACAAUCAGAUGAGCAGACUCCUAUGGUGAAUGAUGCACUGCCCACACAAUCAGAUGAGCAGACUCCUAUGGUGAACAGUGCACCGCCCACACAAUCAGAUGAGCAGACUCCUAUGGUGAACAGUGCACCGCCCACACAAUCAGAUGAGCAGACUCCUAUGGUGAAAAGUGCACCGCCCACACAAUCAGAUGAGCAGACUCCUAUGGUGAAUGAUGCACCGCCCACACAAUCAGAUGAGCAGACUCCUAUGGUGAAUGAUGCACCGCCCACACAAUCAGAUGGGGAGACUCCUAUGGUGAAUGAUGCACCGCCCACACAAUCAGAUGAGCAGACUCCUAUGGUGAAUGAUGCACUGCCCACACAAUCAGAUGGGGAGACUCCUAUGGUGAACAGUGCGCCGCCCACACAAUCAGAUGAGCAGACUCCUAUGGUGAAUGAUGCACUGCCCACACAAUCAGAUGGGGAGACUCCUAUGGUGAACAGUGCGCCGCCCACACAAUCAGGAGGUGAAGGUGAUGUACAAGUCAAGCCUGUGAAUCCUCAGCCAGAUGCAGAUGGACGGACAGACAGUGGACACACAGACACUGACUGUAAAGAAGAUGUGGACCUUGUUCUGCCUCGACUCACUGGACACUGAAAUACCAAGAUAAGUAUUACACAGAGGAUCAAACUCUCCAAAAGGGCCCCAAUUUUGCUUGUUGACUCUCAUUGCAAACUGAAACCGUUUAGUAUGAUUAGCAGUGAAGCUGCUGAUGGGUUCUCAAGAAAAACACUGUAGCUGAAGGGAUGCAGCUCCAGCAGUGACCGCAGAGACAUUGGUGGUCACUUUUCUCGAGACAGAGAACUCAAGAUUAAACACCCUGCAGAUCUUCUGUGAAAGUCACAGGAUUAUUAUAAACUCUUGAUAAUGUUGAGGAGGAAUAAACUGUUUCAUGGGGAAAUCUGACAGCUGGUUGGAUAAACACUCAAAGUCUGAGACUGAAGGAUUUCACAUGGGAACAGCUGGAUGGAUGUACAGUGGAUUCAAGGCACUGAGUGUCUGAAAAGAAGAUGUGGACCUUAUUCUGACCUCUCUUGGCCCACUGGACGCUGAAAUGCCAGUGUAAGGACUACACAGAAGAGCGUACUUUACAAAAGGCCUCAGUUACGCUUUUUAUGACCAGUCAAAACUGUUUGGUAUGAGUAGCGAUGAAGCCACUGAUGGAUUUUUAAAAGACACUGUAGCUGAAUGGAUGCAGCUCCAGCAGUGACUUCAAACACAGAGGAGGAUAUUAUUCUGGAGUUAGAGAACUUGGUGGAUCAGUCUGAGUCCUUAGUGCAGAUACGGGGCUAAUGCUGCGUUCGGGCGCUCAUCAGAAGGUUGUUUAUCCCAGAUAGUUACUAGUAAAUAUGAUUAAACUCCAUUCUGGUGCUCAAUCAUAACGGUUAGCUUCGCCCUGUACACAGAAAAAGAAAGAAAGAAAGAAAGCAGAAAAAGAAAAAGAAAGCAGAAAAAGAAAAAGAAAGCAUGGCGGUCCGGAGAAUCUUACUUUCUCUUUACUGUGUUAAGAAGCACACAGAUCUAAUAGAAGCACAUCUGGGGUCAUUUUACAGAAACUUCUUACAUCUAUAUUCUGAUCUGUUUAGUCUCCAUGACGACGUCAGUAGGGACUGAAUUUAGUUCAGUAGCUAUUCCAGAAUAGCAGCUCUGAACUUCAUAAUCUCAUCAUGAACUCCAGAUAAGAAAUCAGCAUCACACAGACAUCCUAACUAGACUAAACCUCCUAAAUCCUGUCCUAACUUUAGGAUGAACCCCAAGUGCAGCGUUUUACUGCCUUUAUCAGCUGUUCGAGCGCAAUGUCCACGUUUUAAACACCACUCGAACGCAGCAUAAACUCAGCCUCAGGACGCUGCUGAUCCAUCAGGAACAUUCUGUGGUUCUUUCUCCACAGAGAUGAUCCACAAAUAGGAGACAGAAGCUUCAUUUAUGGCUUCAGCAACUGAAAAACUAAUAAAAUAAGAUGGCGACAAAGGGACCUAAGGAACCCUCCUGUACUGGAUUCAGUGGUUUUGUGGAGUUAAUUUUGUGAUAAAAGUUGCACAUAAAUAAUAAAAUCCACAAGCAAAAUAUUAAGAAUCAGAAUGUCAGAAAUAUGGUGCACAUAGAGUUAAAUCAAACUUUUACAGAAGAUCACUACUCAUUUUCACUCAUUCUGAUAUGAAUUUAUUACUCGUUUUGCCAAUUUUUAUUUUCGUUUUUUUCUGUUUGUUGAUCUCACUGAAAGUUGUUUUUUUUUCUGGAAUCGCUCUUUUUCUGACACUGAGGGAUUCUGGGGUAGAAACAACAAAAGACUGAACAGCCACCAUAAACCCAGAACUCACAGCCAACCAGGACAAGAUGACUUGAUUCCUUUUGUAGUGAUUAAACAUUACUGUCCAUCCACUGACGGCAGCAGUGACUCAUACAGU